AUGAGAGACCAAUAUGAAGAAGCAAGCAACAUUAUUCCUCAUGUUCUCAUCUUCCCUCUCCCAAUACAAGGCCCAAUCAACUCUAUGCUACAAUUAGCUGAGCUCUUUUGUCUUGCAGGCCUUAAAAUCACAUUCCUCAACACCAUUCACAAUCAACAACGUCUCCUUCGUUGUACCGAUGUUCAAUCUCGUUUCGAGAAAUAUGAUGAAUUAUUUCAAUUCGUUACAAUACAUGAUGGGCUUCCUGAGGAACAUCCGCGUUCCAUUGAACAAUUUGGAGACAUUAUAAGCUCCGUGCAGACCGUGGCGGAGCCUUUCAUUAGAGAAAUAUUGCUUAGUAGACAUAUAACAUGUGUUAUACCGGAUGCAUUGUGUUAUUAUGUAGUGGAUAUUGGAAAUGAUAUGGGAGUUCAAGUUAUUCCCUUUGAUACUAUUAGCCCUUCUUGUCUUUGGGUUUACUUGUGUCUACCAGAACUCAUUCAAGCUCAACAACUUCCCUUCGAAGACGAUAAUUUGGACGCAUUGGUAACACAUAUUCCCGCCAUGGAAGGUCUUCUCCGACGGCGAGAUCUUCCACAUUUUUGUCUCGUAGAUUAUAAGACCGAUCCAAGUUUUCUAGCCGCGUUGACGGAGAUUGAACGGAUCCCACAAGCCCAUGGAAUUAUAUUGAACACAUUUGAAGACCUAGAUGGGCCUUUUCUUUCUAAUAUUCGUUCUUACUCUCCCAAAACAUAUGGAAUUGGGCCCAUACACUUGCAAUUGAAGAAUAAACUUGUUGGACAACAAAUAACAUCAUUAUUGUCCUCAAAUAGUUUGUGGCAAGAAGACCAAAGUUCAAUAAAAUGGCUUGAUGCACAACCUGUGGGAUCAGUAAUUUAUGUAAGUUUUGGGAGUUUAAUAGUUGCAUCAAAAGAGGAAAUUUUGGAAUUUUGGCAUGGUUUGAUAAAUAGUAAAGUUAGAUUUUUGUGGGUCUUGAGGCCUAACAUAUUAAAAGGAAGUGAAAUGGAUUAUAAAUUUAUGAAAGAUAUUAUGGAGGGUUCCAAAGAAAAUGGUUACAUAGUGAGUUGGGCUCCACAAAAAAAGAUACUAGGCCAUCAAGCUAUUGGAGGAUUUUUAACUCACAGUGGAUGGAACUCAACCGUGGAGAGUAUUGUUGAGGGAAAACCCAUGAUAUGUUGGUCUCACAAUGUGGACCAAAGAGUGAAUAGUAGAUUAGUAGAAAAAUUUUGGCAAAUUGGGUUGGACAUGAAAGACAAUUGUGAUAGAUGUACUAUAGAGAGAAUGAUAAAGAAUUUGAUGGGAACAAAAAGGGAUGAGUUCAAGAAAUCAAUUGAUAAUUUAUCAAAGUUGGCAAACUUAAGUGUUGGAGAAGGGGGUUCAUCAAAUAAUGACCUUGAAGCUCUCAUCAAGGACAUUAAGGGAUUUACCAAACUAAAGAAAAUGUGAAGCAUAAGACCAUAGAUGCUACUAUGCAGGACAUAUGUUAAAUUUUGUGUUAACAUAUUUUAGUAUUGAUGAUUUCUCUAUUAUA